CCCAAAUCAGGCAGCUACUCCACAUACGCUAGUUGCUAGUAGUGGCAGAGCUCUUUACCGCAUCUGCAGAACGCAACGUGUGCUUCAACAGCUUCAAAGUCCAGCACCUCAUCUCGUCACCAUUCCUCCUUCUCUCACUACGAAUACACAAACCAUGAAGCAACGUACCACCUACCUCGUUUCCGACACUUUGGCCACGCACCCCGACAACUUCGACAUCUCGCCCACAAGCCUACAGAUCAAGUCCCUGCACGCCGCGCGCGAAGACCGUCUCGCGAUCGGCUACGACGAGCUUUCCGCCGAGAUCCAGGACGUGCUGAAGCAAUGCAACGAGCUCCUCAUCCGCUGGUCUACUGGUAGGCCGUACACCAGCGUGGAUCCGUUUGCCGCCCGAGUGCCGGCGGGCUUGCACAUUCACCUGCGGCCGCAACGCGAUGUUGUUCCAUCUAUAUGUGACACUGUGAACGUCGCGUUUGGCAUCACCGACUGUCGUGGCUUCGCCGAGUCGUUUAUCCCCAUCUCCGGCGUCGAGAACGCAUACCAGUUCUACGCACCGGUGAGAUCCAUCGACAUGUUCGCAACCUUCGUCGCAGAUCAUCUAUGCACUGGUAUGAAUUCGUGGGAAUGCGCGACUGGCGUCGAGUCCGCGGAUUACGUGGACCUCAAGUGGGAUGCUAUCUCGCAGAUGAUCGUGGUCAACACGUUCUGGUCGAAGUCUGGGGAACCGCAGGGAGCGGUCGCAGUGAAUGUCCAGGAACCGAGGAACAUUGAGGUCGGUGUGCUGGGGAAUGAUAGACCUAUAGCAGAAGAGAGCUUGACUAUGGGGGGUGUUUUGCACGUGGUUGGAAAGGACGAUAGAAUGGAACCGGUCAUGUUCACUUUCCCGGCACGACAUCACAGCUCUCCAGCGACUUAUAGCCUCACGACGUCGAAGCCACCUGGACUGCAUCCGAAGCUACAGCUUUCGAUUGCGCAUACCCAACCGCUCAAGGCACCAGGCGACGAGUGCACUCUAAAUGCGUACUUCACCCUACCACGCGGACUCUUCAUCGACAAAUACCAGCUGUCACCAACGAACCCGCAGCUCCUUGAGUCCCUCAACAUCAAGCGCAUUCUCGGUGUUAAUGGUGAAACAGAUCUUGAGGCGCCGGUUUGGGCGAGUAAACGCUGGGGAAGCUCCUUGCUGGUAGAAGUGGACACCGCACGGGCCUCCAAUGGGUUGGAUAUGGAGCUGCCACUGCAUCUCCGGUACCUCGAGCCCAAGCAUGACUCCACCUUAUCGGAGGUGAACUUUACGAUGCCGGCAGUGUUUUGGGCUUGCAGAAGCGAAGAGUGGAGUAAGAUGGUAAGCAGCCCCUUCGAUAGACUACACUUAGGGUGGGAACAUCUAUUCCCGGAGCAGACUAUGUACUACCACCUCUCGCCAUCCGAAGAUGCAUGGAAGUCAGUGCCGGUUCCAGUUCUGGACUUGCAGCAGGCGAUGCUGGUCAAGAUCGGGACUGUGGUUGUCAUCGUGAGCGGCUUUUUGUGGGUUGUUUGGAAGACUUGUGCGGCGUUCACUGGUGGAAAGAAGGUUGGGGCAGGGGAAAAGAAGACGCAAUAGUUUACGUAUCUAAUGGACACGGCAGUUAAUGAGGGGGGCUGGACGAAUCAAGCUUGUUUUAUGUAGAUUCCGAG